CGGGAGCACAGGCACCACAUGGUGCACGGGCUGCAGGAGGCCGCCGAGCACGGCCGGAAGUUAUUCCAGAAGAUCGCCAACACCCUGAAGGAGAAACUUGAAGUGGCUAAAAGCAUAUUGGCCGACGAGCACGAAAGAAUGGUGAUGAUUCAGGAAGAAGAGCAGAAUUUUAGAGAGAUGAUUGAGUCUGAAUAUAGGAUACGGUUCCGGUUGAUGAUUGAAGAUGAGAUGAAGUUCCGGAGCCUGCCAGGGGCCGUGUCCAACCUGACCCCGAGAGAAGCCAGCCUGAGUCAGCCGAGCACGUGUGCCGCAGAGCUAAAGGAGAAGGCCCAGGAAACGCUCCAGAAACUGAAAGAUCUGGCAAGAGAGAACAUGAAUAAACUGAAGGAGAGUGAAGUCAGACUUGCUGAUCAGGUCUGCAGCCUCCACAAGACCAUUGCAGAGCUAGAGAAGAAGUGUGGGCAACACCCCUCCACACUCCUUGAGAAUGCAAGGUCUUCUUUGGAAAGGAGUGAGGCACUGCUGCUUCAGUGUCUAGAGCCUGCCCGAAUCACAGACCUGAGUGCAUGUCAAAUAGCAGGAAUGAGUGAAGUGCUAAAAGGCCUCCAAAGACCUCUCACUCUGGAUCCUAACACAGCUCAUCCUUGUCUGGUCUUAGCCGAGGAUCUGAGAAGUGUGAGACUCAGAAAGGUCCAGCAGGCUGUGCCUGGUAACCCAGGGAGAUUUGACUUCAGUGCCACAGUGUUGGCUGCAGAGAGCUUCACCUCAGGGAGGCACUACUGGGAGGUGGAUGUGGACAAGGCAGCCAAGUGGCAGUUGGGCGUGUGCAGAGAUGGUGAUGUGGCCCAUGCUUGUGGACAGAAAGUCUUACUCAUGGGAUGCAUGAUGGGAACCGACUACACCCUGUGGGCCUUUCCUCCCCUUCAAAGGGUCCACUCGAGAAAGCAGAUGCACCACGUUGGAGUUUUCGUAGAUUAUGAGUGUGGGCAGAUAGCAUUCUAUGAUGUGACAAAGGGAGCCCUCAUUUAUAUUUUCUCUUACCUUUCCUUCCAGGGAGCCCUCAGGCCUGUCUUCUCUCUUUGUAUCCCCAGUGGAGGCACAGAUUCAGACUCUCUCAGCCUCUGCCUCCCUCCUGUUUCAUCCUGUAAUGUUACUACUAUUGGCCCUCAGUCUUCCUUGGGGUAA